CACCCUCCCCCUCAGAGUUGUAGAUCCCGCUGGCGACGCGGCUGAAGCAGCGAAAAGGAUCGGAGCGGCUUCUGGUGAAGGCGCCGCCCGGACCCAGAGAGGGAUCAGGAGCGGCGAGGGAGAAGAGCCGGAGCGAGAUCAGUAUCUGGAGCCGGGGCCGACCGGGACCCGGACUCGGAUACGAUGCUGCCUCUCCAGCCGCUGCCAGUCGCGCUGCUGCUGACUUGGGUGUCCGAGUCUUUGCCUGUAAGGAAGAACCGCCAGGCAGAUUACUGGGGCCCGUGGGGAGAGUGGGGAGAUUGCAGCCGGACAUGUGGAAUUGGUGUUACCUUCCGAGAGCGUCGCUGUUACUUGAACCGGAGAGCUGGUGGGAACAGUUGUCUGGGACCGCUGAGAGACUACCGUGUUUGCAACAUGCAGGACUGUCUGGAAGGUUCGAGGGAUUUCCGGGAAGAUCAGUGCUCUGCCUUUGAUGGGACUGAUUUCCAGGGAAAGAGGUACAAAUGGCUGCCAUAUUACGGAGCUUCCAAUAAGUGUGAGCUGAACUGCAUCCCUCAGGGGGAGAACUUCUACUACCGACAUAGCCGGGCAGUGAAGGAUGGCACGCUCUGUGAGCCUGGACACCGCCACAUCUGCAUACAGGGCGUCUGCAAGACGGUUGGUUGUGACAACACGUUGGAGUCAUUACAGACUGAGGACAAAUGCUUGGAGUGUGGAGGGGACGGCAGCAGCUGUUAUGAAGUCGGGGGGAUAUUUGACACUGUUGAUUUGCCCAAAGCAGGUUACAACCAGAUCCACGUCAUCCCCAUUGGCGCCAUGAGUAUUCACAUCCGGGAGGUGCUCCCAACACGCAAUUUCCUUGCCCUGAGAAACGCCCAGGGUGAGUACUACCUGAAUGGAGAGUGGACCAUCGACUACAGUCGCACUCUGCACAUCGCUAGCACACUAUUACACUAUGCACGCGGAUCUGAGGGAGACCUGGCACCCGAGGUGAUCCACGCACGAGGGCCCACCUCUGAGCCCCUCAUCCUCGAGAUCAUUAGCCAGGAGCCCAACCACGGCAUUGAAUACAAGUAUUACCUCUCACGCCGCAGGAAGCAGUCACAGGGUUACAUCUGGAGUAUGGGCUCCUGGAGUGUGUGCAGCAAAGAAUGUGGGGGUGGUUUCCAGACCAGACUGGUCUUCUGCACCAUUGACAACGAGGCAUAUCCCGACUACCUGUGCCGAGAACAGGUCCGGCCCAGCAAUAACAAAACCUGCAAUCCCCAGAGCUGCCCCAGGACUAAGCGGAUUUCAUUCAUAAAUCCGCCCAGUCCUUGGAGUUGGAGGCAGUGCCUGAAACCCAGAAUUUACAGCUGGAAGACAGGCGGCUGGAGCAGGUGUUCAGCAACGUGCGGAGGGGGAAUGCAGACACGUUCUGUGUACUGCUCCCUUUUGGACAGCAGUGGAAGAGAGUUGGUGUGGGACGACUCUGACUGUGCUGCCAUCAGGGAAAAGCCACCCUCGCAGCAGGUGUGCAACCUGCGACAGUGUGCGAGCUGGAGCACCGGCCACUGGUCACAGUGCUCAGUAACCUGUGGGGAGGGGUUUCGCUCUAGGACCCUCUCAUGUGUGACGCCAUCAGGUAGCCAACUCCCGGACUUUGCGUGUUCCUCCCAGUCGAAGCCCACCAACACCCAGACCUGUGUGCUGCAGAGCUGCAGGGACAUGUUCUCCUGGUACAUCGGAGCCUGGGGAUCGUGUUCAGUGUCCUGUGGAGAAGGGUUCCAGUCACGGCCCGUCUCCUGUAUGUCCCAGCAAGGGGGCCAGUUGCCAGACUCGGCCUGUUCCUCACAGCCCAAGCCUGCUGCCGUCCAGACCUGUAUUCGGAAUCACUGCCGUGUCUUCUCCUGGCACGUUGGUGCCUGGGGCCUGUGCUCCAAGAGCUGUGCAUUGGGUCACAGGAAGCGACAGGUUAUCUGCUACGACCAGGACAGGAACAACCAGGACCCGAGCAAGUGUGACCCCAGGAUGUACCCACGUGAGACAGAAGUCUGCAACACCCAGCCCUGCUACCUGCCACAAGUUGUUCCGAGUUUCCAAGAUCCGACCGGAUUUGAUCCAGAGGAAGAGUUUGUGACCAUUCCCUCUGCUCGGUUGUUCCCAGAGUUUCUGCCUGUUCAAGCUGAGACAAAUCUGCUCCCAGCCUCGUCUGCUCCACAGGAGUCGGAGCUCUCGUGGUUUCAAUAUUACGUUUCUGAAUCAGAUUCCCCGUUCAACAACCCAUUGAGGACUGAGUCACGGCAGGAACCACUGUCAAGGGUGUUGGACUGUAACACACAAACUUACGGGUGUUGCCCAGAUGGUUAUGCUGCAGCCAGGGGCCCAGGUGGGGCAGGCUGCCCUCUCAUCCCUUGCUACAAAAGCAGGUACGGGUGUUGUCCAGAUGGACUGACGUCUGCAAGAGGGUUUAACCAGCUCGGGUGUCCGAGGCAUCCAACUGAUGAUCUUCUUGAUGAAGGUGAACUGAUCUCUGAACCAAGAGUGAUGGCCCAGAGCAGUUCACCGGAUGAGUGCAGGAGUUCCAUGUAUGGCUGCUGUCAGGAUGAGGCCUCCUUUGCCCAGGGACCAAGUGGUGAAGGGUGCAGAGACAGGCCCAACCACGCAUUCCCAGCCCACUGCCAGCUCCUGUUUGCCAAUGGCCCAUGUACAGACUGGACCGUCCGCUGGUUUUUCAUCCCCGAAUCUGCCGUCUGUAACCGCUUUUGGUAUGGGGGUUGUCACGGAAACCAGAACAACUUUGAGACCGAGGAUGAGUGUCUUCAUCACUGCAAGAGGACUGGAUUGGAGGCUCCUCACACAGAGUGGCAGAACCAAGCUGGGCGUUCAUCCAACAAGGACGCAUCUCCCACUGAGCAAGAGCAGGCUGUCUAUAGGUUACAGAUAGAUCGUGCGGAUCCUGUGUCUGUGGAGACCAGGUCUGGGGAAACAGCCCGGUUACUGUGCAGAGUGGAUGCCUCACCAUCUCUUCAUGUGGAGUGGCGCCGAAAUGGGAGACCAGUGUAUUCAGCUAGGCACAGCAAACAUUCUGACGACUCACUGGUGAUCAGCCAAGUUCAGCAGCAAGACGCUGGAUUGUAUACCUGUCAAGCAUCGAACGGACGGGACCAGGAUGUUCGCCAAGUCGAGCUAAAGGUCCAAGGUGAGCUGGAGAUUAUUGAGCCUCCACGGAAUUCGGAUGUGACCUUGGGAGGACGAACCGAGCUUUCCUGUGUGGUGUCUGACAGCCGAGCGCACGUGCGAUGGACCAGGAAUGGGAUCCCUGUGAGAGUGGACACCAAUCACAUCACCAUUUCACCGGGUGGCACCUUGACUUUACACAAUGCUCAGCUGAGAGACGCUGGGACCUACACCUGCAAUGCCUACAGUGGAUCUCGCUCGGUCAGCGCCAGUGCUGAGCUGACAGUGACAUCUGCAGAAGCAACAACGUCCCCUACAGCCCUUGAUUCACUGUGUGUGGACCUGCCGGAGCUGGCAAACUGUGAUCUGAUAAUGCAGGCCAACCUGUGCUCCAACCAGUACCACGCCAGUUUUUGCUGUUCAACUUGUUCCAAACAUCUGACUCACAACCGGCUGCUGCAGCAGGGAUAACGGGGCCAUGCACGGAGAGCGGUAGCUCACAGGUCCACUUUACUUGAAAUGACAUGCAAAGGCCUACCGUAGAAUCUGAUCAAGAGGUGCUACAAGUAGUUUUUGAAAAUUCAUACCACACCUAAAUGUACAAGCAGUUAUAUUUUUUAAUUAUCCAAGAAACUUGUAAGUAUAUUUGAAGACAUACUGGAUGUAAGAUUUAGAAUUAAAAGUUGAUGCACAUA